AUGAAGAUCUCCUUUAUUUCUAGCCUCACCUUGGGGCUUUCGACAUUGCAGCUGGCCAGUGCCAGAUAUGUGAUGUAUGUGGACCAAUAUCAUCUUGCCGAACUUCCAAACAAAACAGUCACCGCGGGCAUUGAUACUGUCAUCAUGGCUUUCGCCAACUCUUCCCUCUUCACUACUUCCCCGGCAGGAAACUACACCCCCUUUGAGCCUCUGGAUACAAUGAGAGCUCGAUUCGACGAGGGCGUUAAAAUUAUGGUUGCUCUCGGCGGGUGGGGAGACACAGCGGGUUUCUCAGCAGGUGCUGCUUCUAACUCUUCUCGCUGGUUAUACGCAAAGAACGUUGCCGCGAUGAUCAAUACUUGGGGCUUUGAUGGAUGUGAUAUCGACUGGGAAUACCCAGCUGGAAAUGGAGCAGAUUACAAGCUAAACGGCACCACGAAUGACCGGAAAGUUUCCGAAAUCGAAACCUAUCCUCUUCUCCUUGCGGCAAUCAGAAACGCUAUUGGCGAAGACAAACUACUUUCUAUUGCCGUGCCAGGUCUUGAGCGCGAUAUGAUUGCCUUGACACCCUCUCAUGCGCCCUCGGUAUGGGAAUCUGUUGACUUCGUCAACGUGAUGACUUAUGAUCUCUUCAACCGCCGUGAUACCGUCGCCAAGCAUCACACAGACGUCAAGACCUCACUAGCCACCAUCACCCACUAUCUUGAUGUCCUCUCCCUACCAGCCGAGAAAGCGAACCUGGGAUUCCCAUUCUACGCCAAAUAUGCGAAGAUCGACCCCGCAUUCAACUGCACCAACGGUCUCGGCUGCAAAACCGUCCUUUUAGAAAACGCCACCGAUGGUAGUGAUUUGGGUAUGAGCGGCACCAUGACAUUCGAGUCCUUGAACUUUGCAAGCGCGCCCACGAACUUGACUGAGGGGACGGAUGGCUUAUGUGGCGCGAGUGUGUCACAGAAGUGCCCAGCUGGGGCCUGUUGCAGCACUUACGGAUAUUGCGGAACAACUGCAGAGUACUGUGGACCCAACUGCCUCCUUGACUACGGAAACUGUACCGGCAUCCCCGCCACCUCCACAUUCAAAACCGCCAUGGCGAACGGCAUCACGGACGAAGAAGCGGGAGGUGAAUAUUAUUAUGACGGGGAGAACAACGUGUUCUGGACGUGGGAUACGCCUGCGCUGAUUGCGAGGAAGUUUACGGAAAUUGUGAAGGCGAAGUGCUUGGGUGGUGUGAUGGCGUGGUCUGCGGGGGAGGAUGGUCAUGAUUGGAGCCAUGUACUUGCGUUGCAGAAAGGGGUUGCGGAUACCUAUUAG